UACGACUGUCCAACAAUUUGAGAAAGAACGUCAUGGCUCGUAGGAGUUCUCGCCUGGUGUCUGGUGGCUACUACCAUUCAGAUGAGGAAUCCGACUCCAGCAGUGUGACCAACAUAUCCUACAGAGAAAACCCUGUCAAGGUUUUCAAGAAGAAGUCCGGAGGUCGGAGGUCGGCUUCCCGCACCAGCAGCAACUGCAGUUCUGCCAGCCCAGAAACUCCGGUCCCUGAGCCAGGUCUGACGGCAGGGAGCGCUCCCACCCUAUCGCCCCUGAGGAGCGUCACCUUCGCCCCCACCGCGCCGACCCCUCGGCCGGCUCUGACUCCAUCACCUCCUCAGAACCACACGUCCAAGCAAUGCUACUCGAUGACCCCGGAGAGGAGCUCUUCUCCUGGCCACUGCGGCGCCGGGCUGCCGCCCAGAUCCAAAAUCAAGGAGCAGAGUCAAAGUGGCGUCGACAGCUCAGGGUACUCGUCUGCCGAGGGCCCCUACAGGAAGCCUUCACCUGCUCCCAGCACAACCAGAUCCCCGCCUGGCAAUAGUGGUGCAGCUCCCAGUCCAGGAUACAGGAGCAGGAUCAGUGGUGCCUUUUCUAAUCUAAUGAAUUCAGCCUCAGUGAUGGCUGCUCAUGCUCACAGAAAAGUGCUUCAUCUCACAUCUUCAGUCAGGGACCGGACGAAGAAGGCUCUCCUGCUGGUCCUCCUGCUCCUCAUCAUACUUCUGUGUAUUUGGUUGCUUCUUCCUUUUCUCACCUCUUUCGUCGUUCGCACACAACCCGAGAUUCGACCCAGCACCUUCCACACAACUGUGGUGGAUCCAGACGUCGUUUCUGCUGCUGUACAAGCAAAGAUGCAAGAUUUUCUGGUGGCACUUCAGCUGAAACAGGAACAGCUUCUCUGUCAGCUGAAGGAGAAACAUCAGCUGGACGUGGAUUUCCUGAAGGCGAAGAUCGAGGCGGACUCUGACAUCCGCCGCCUCCUGCAGCAGGAGGUUUCUGGUCUGGGGAAGCAGAUGGAAAAUCAUCAGAUGGACAGCCGCUCCACUGCCGCCAGCCUCAGCCUCAAGAUCCAAACUCUGGAGACCCAGAAUGCCAAGUUGUCCCAGGAGCUGUCCUCCAUGCAGGCGACGCCGCCUCCAGACUCCGCCCACAACCAGCUCACACCAGAGCUCCAGCUGGCCAUGGAGAAGUGGCUCAUUGACCGCAUCAAGGAACAGGAAACAAACAAGCUGGAGGUCAAAAUGGACUGCACAGGGUGUAGACGUCCAGAGGCGGACAAAAUGCCUGACUUUGCUCUCGAGACUCAAGGUGCCAGCAUCGUCAGCACGCGGUGUUCAGAGACGUAUCGCAUUCGCUCGGCGUGCAUCGUUCUCUUUGGUUUCCCUCUCUGGUAUCCGUCUGAGAGCCCGCGCACCGUCAUCCAGGGUUACCCGGUGCUGCUCCCUGGGAAGUGCUGGGCGUUCCACGGCGUCCAAGGUAGCCUGGUCAUCUCUCUGUCUCACCCCAUCAGAAUAAGUCAUGUGACUCUGGACCACCUGCCUCGCUACAACUCCCCCACCGGCCACAUCGACUCGGCACCGAAAGACUUUGAAGUCUACGGAUUGAAAAAUGACACAGAAGAAGGAACGCUGCUCGGGACGUUUUUUUAUGAUGAAGACGGAGAGUCAACUCAGACAUUUAAACUGCCUAACCCCAGUGACGAGGUGUAUCGGUUCGUGGAGCUGAGAGUUCUCUCUAACUGGGGUCACGUCGAAUACACGUGUCUUUACCGGUUCCGUGUCCACGGAAAGCUCGCCGCCCACGUUUGAGAAUCCCUCUGCAUCACGUGUUUAUAGACAUGAAAGUUCUCCCUUAUUGUCCGAUGAGUAAAGGACUCGUUUCUACUGAAAA